AUGACUGGAAAGCCCUGGCUUCUUUACGUGUAUCCAUGGAUGCCUUUUCCUCGGCGAGUGACCAUUUACCUCCGUGAAAAAGGCAUCGGCCCAUCUCUUGUUACCGUGGUUCCAGUCUCUGACCCUCAACUUGGCGACGAGGCCCCAAAGUCAUUUUCUCCGCGUCCUGCUGGAAGUCUCCCCAUCCUGGCAAUCCCAAAUUCGAAGUCUCCGGGCUCAGGCCCUUACACCUACGUUCGACAGUCAAUUGCCAUAAUGAGCUACCUCGACGAGCUUUGCGAUGCAGGAGAGCAGGGGUUCCCAAAGUCACAAUACUCAAUGCGCGGCGAAGAUGGGCUUAGCAGGGCCAAAGUAACCGGGCUCAUGUGCUUGGCCGAUGAACUUACAGUUUCUUGGAACCCCGUGAGGACGUUUGGCACAAAUGCUGGAACUAUGGCGCUCCCUGAAGCCUCCAAGGAAAUGAUACGCUGGCUUCAUCGCACUCUAGCCACCAUUGACGCCUCGUUUGAAGAUCGCGACUUCUCCGGUCUUCGCGAGGGCGGGGAGCACGGCCCAAACAUGGCCGAAAUUAUUCUCUACCAGUUUCUAGAAUUUACCAAAGAUUGUUACGGCAAGGAUAUGACAAAGGGGCCUGGACAGCUGGAAAUGGAUGUAUACGGGAGGAAAGAGGCUCCCACAGAGUACCCUAAGCUGUCCGAGUUUUACAAUGCAUUCAAGACUAGGAAAAGCGUUGCUAGGGAUGCAUCUGCCGGUGAGGUUGCGGGAGAGCAAGCUCUAAAAGCCAUGCAGACCUGGUUGUGGAACUGA